AUGUCACGAGGACAGGCCGGAGAGCUUGAUCAUGCAAGUCAGUCAGCCAACUGUCAUGUUUGCAUAUGCCUUCCAAAUGGGUUGCACGCAAAGACGUAUUCAUGCCGCACACCUUCUGCCGCAGUAGGAACGGCAAGUUUGGGCGCGCAAAGCAAAAAGGCUAAUACAGAAUUGGAAGGAGCUCAGAUACAGUGUUCGCGGGGACCAAAUGUGCAUCAAUCAUUCGGCACGCCGCCGCAGCAAUUACACGAGGGCCCAAGCCGGUAG